CGUGUUUUUAUUAUGUCGGCAAAAAAAUCGAGAGUUGCUGCUAUAGCUAUAAUAGCAACUUUAAUUAAACGUAAAAAAGUGAGAAGAUUAGAAUCUGCAAAAAAAAGAAAGUGUUGGGUGAAAGAGUGGAUUUCCGAAAGAGAUGAAAAAGGGCUGCAUCAGAACCUUUUAAAAGAGCUACAAAAUGGCGAUGAAGCAACAUAUUACAAUUUUUUUCGCAUGACAGUCAGUGAUUUUAAUUUUUUAUUAGAAAAAGUAAAAAUCUACAUAACUAAACAAGACACUGCAAUGCGUCCUGCGAUUCCACCAAAUGAGCGAUUAGCCCUGACAUUGCGUUUCUUAGCCACGGGUGAUUCAUAUCAUUCUCUCAUGUUUCUUUUUCGCUUUCCUGUGAGUACGGUUGCAAGCAUUGUGCCGGAGACUUGUCGAGCUCUAUAUAAAUGCCUGAAAAGGGAAUAUCUUAAAGUUCCCAAUUCUACAAGCGAGUGGCUUAAAAUUGCAUCCGAUUUUGAAAGUAUUUGGAACUUUCCUCAUUGUAUCGGUGCAUUAGACGGAAAACACGUAGUUAUGAAAGCUCCGUCUAACAGUGGUAGUACCUACUUCAACUAUAAGGGCACGCACAGCGUUGUGCUAAUGGUGUUAGCAGAUGCAAACUAUAAAAUAAUAUACUUCGAUGUAGGAGGCAAAGGAAGAAUUUCUGAUGGUGGAAUUUUUAACGCAUGUAGCCUAUCAUAUGCGUUACAAAAUGAACAGCUCAAUGUUCCUGAGGAGCAGCCACUUUCAGGUCGAGAUCUAAAGGUGCCAUAUGUACUUGUAGCGGAUGAUGCUUUCGCAUUGAAAAAAUACAUAAUGAAACCAUAUCCAUUUAGAAAUCAACCAGCUCCAAAUCGUGUUUUUAACUACCGUCUUUCCAGAGCAAGAAGAGUGGUAGAAAAUGUUUUUGGCAUAAUGGCAAAUAGAUUUCGGGUUUUAAGAAAGCCAUUGGAACUUGGGCCAGAAAAGACUAUAGAUGUUGUCUCUGCAAUUUGCGCAUUACAUAACUGGUUGAUGGCCAAGAAAGAGUCAAAACAAAAAUAUGCUCCAAAUGGAACAUUCGACAAAGAAGUUGAUGGAGAAGUGGUACCAGGUACUUGGCGUAACGAUCUGACGUUAGAAGGAAACUGCAUACCAAUUCAAAGAAGUACGCAAAACUCCACUGAAGCAAAAGAUAUCCGUGAAGAAUUUAAAAAUUUUUUUGUUUCGCCUGAUGGUGAAGUGUCAUGGCAAUAUAAUCAAAUAUAA